AACACAACAGUUUCACGUUAUGAUUUCUCUCUCUCUUCAUCUCACCCCCGUGCUAUAAAUCUCCUUCACUCACCUGUUCCACUCACUUCACCAAUUAAACAGAAGUUACACAGAAGAUCUCAAGCAUCGAGAGAAAAAGACAGAGCAUUUGAUGUCUGGUUCCAUGAAAUGGGAAUUUCAGGCUCAGACACUCCAAACCCACCGAGCAAAGUGACUGCCCCGACCGAAACCCAUUGCGUUAAAUGCGAGUGCGGUUUCACGGAGGAAUGCACCGUUGCUUACAUCACGCGUGUCCGGAACGUUACCAGGGCCGUUGGAUUUGCGGGUUAUGCGUCGAGGCGGUCAAAGACGAGGCUCUGAGAUCGGUGACGCAUAUCUCCACAGAGGAAGCGUUGGAGCGACACAUCAGUUUCUGCGAGAAGUUUAGGGCGUGGAAUCCUUCUGAUAAGACGGAGCACCCCAUUUUUGCCAUGGGAAGGAUUCUUCGUCGAAGCCUGGAUUCGCCCAGAGCUCUUAGGACUAAAUCGAGCAGCGUUUUGCCUGGUCAUCUUCUCGAUCUGAAAGUUGUUUCUCAGCUCUUUCUAUCUGAUUUAUUUCUUCUCAAAUUCAAGUUCAAAAGCAAAUCUCACAGCAUGUGAUUUAAGAACUUGUGGCAUAAAGGGGAAGAAGAUGACACACAAUAAAAUUUCCUGGCAGAAGAGUAGUAUUUUGGU